GUACCCGAACGAUGGUCUGAACUUGCACAUAGCAUUGAUACUCCUGAUACUCCUGAUACUUCAUAUAGUAUUAAUUUUUUACACGCAUUUUUUAUUAAUACCACAAAUAGUCUUCAUACUAUGUGUAGAAUUAAUCCUUCCGAUACUCCGCAUAAUACUGGUUCUCUGCAUAGUUUUGAUACUACAUAUAGUCCAUAUAGUAUUAAUAUUUCACGUACAAAAUAUAUGCGUUCUGAUGCUACAAAAUUAUCUUCUGCAGAUUACAAAGAUAUCAUGCAAUACCAGGAUAUGAAAUCCAAGCCUCUAGAUCAAUUAAGAAAGAGAUUUCAUGUAUCAACUUCUCGUUUAUAUCAGAUUUGGAGAGGACAGGAG